AUGAGCAAAUCAACCGUAUGGUCCCGCCUUCUGCGCCAUCCGCUGCGCCGCCUCUUUGAACCACCAAAAUGCCCCUCACCUCCAUUUCCACUUCCCAUUCCCAUUCCCAUUCUAUCCACCCCUACUCCUUUCACCUCCCAAAUCACCCGAAAAUACAGCGCCAAUUUCGCCAACCUGUCGUUGAAUGCACGUGUCGCCGCUGCGGACCGGGCGCUGCAGGAGCUCUCGGUCGAGAUGGAGCGCGAAAGGAAACGAGAGAAAGAGGAGAGGCAGAAGGCGGGGCUGGAUACUGCGGACAUUGAUGCCAAUUACGAUGAUGAUUACAUGGGCGUGGAUUCGAUAAUUGAUAAAUUGGAAAAACAGAAGCUGAAAGGGGAGAGCUCGGAGCUGAACCGGUACGAGGAGGCUACUGACUCGGAUUCGGAUGAUGAUGACAGGUUUUCGGCUGAUAAGAUGAAUAAGCAGGCUGAUCAGUUCGAAAAGAAGUUCAAGAGGCACGAGGAGUUCCUUGACAAGUUCACGAAGGCUGAGACUCUGGAUGAUGCAUUCAAGUGGAUGAAUAAAAUUGAUAAGUUCGAGGACAAGCAUUUCCAUCUGAGGAUGGAGUACCGUGUUAUUGGUGAGUUGAUGAAGAGGUUAAAAGUAGCUGAAGGGAAGGAGAAAUUUCUUCUUCAGGUGAAGUUGAAUAGGGCCAUGAGGAUGGUAGAAUGGAAGGAAGCAUAUGAUCCAAAUGACCCCACCAAUUAUGGAGUCAUUCAGAAUGAUCAGUUAGGAUCUUCUGUUGAUCUUCUGCAGCAUGCCGGGUUCGAAAGGGAGCAGCGGUUGAUACAAGGUGGAGAGGAAGAUGAUGACUUAGAGUUUGAUGACAUGAAAGAGAAGGAUACUAUAAUAAUGGAAAAGCUUAAUGCAUUAGACAAGACACUUGAGCAGAAGCUUUUGGCAUUGGAUCACACCUUUGGGAAGAAGGGAAAGCUUCUGGAGGAAGAAAUUAGAGAUCUUGCCGAGGAAAGGAACUCAUUGACUGAGAAAAAGAGAACGCCUCUGUACAGGAAAGGAUUUGAUGUUAAACUCAUUGAUGUCAAUAGAACCUGUAAAGUUACAAAGGGAGGUCAAGUUGUCAAGUACACUGCAAUGCUAGCUUGUGGUAACUAUCACGGUGUUGUUGGUUUUGCAAAAGCAAAAGGUCCGUCCAUUCCUAUCGCUCUUCAAAAGGCCUAUGAGAAAUGUUUUCAGAAUCUCCAUUAUGUAGAACGGCACGAGGAGCAUACAAUUGCACAUGCAGUCCAGACUUCAUAUAAAAAGACCAAGGUGUAUCUUUGGCCUGCAUCCACUCAAACAGGGAUGAAAGCAGGCAGAACUGUCCAAACAAUUCUCAAUUUAGCUGGUUUCAAAAAUGUGAAAUCAAAGGUCAUCGGUUCAAGGAAUCCUCAUAACACUGUCAAGGCUAUUUUUAAGGCUCUAAAUGCGAUCGAAACUCCCAAAGAUGUUCAAGAGAAGUUUGGACGAACUGUUGUUGAGUCAUAUUUACUAUGA